AUGAGAAGUUUAUCCGUACUAUUCUGCUUGGUUCUGCUGAUCGGAUCUGUGAUGUCACAGGAUCUGUUGGUCCACGUCGAUGACCCAACUGAAGCCGACGAGGCAGCAGCCAACAUCAUCAACUAUUUCAUCCAAGCACCAAAUGCUAAUGUAGCUGCCGUCUUUAAUGGCGUCGGUCCAAUCAUCUUCUCCACACCAGGCAACUCUUUGCUCAAGGAGUACGAGGAGAUCUACCGUCAGUACCCCAACCAAUUCCAGGUGCUUCUUUGCAACAACUCGAUCCACGGCCUCAACAUCCCCGCCUCAGCCUUCCCAUCCUUCACCACCAUUGUUCCAGCUGCCGUCGCAUCGAUUGCUGAGCUCCAACAGAAGGGAUACGGCUACAUCAAGCCAUAA